GCCCCUGGUGCUCUCAGAUGUAUGCCAGGCGUUCAGACAGGUGAAUGCAUCUCAUUGGCUCACGGGAGGCAUGAUGCUACCCGGCAGCUCUUUUUAAGAGAAAAGCCAGGACCGGUGGAGCAUCGACCCCUGAGCAUUGAUCUCUGUGCUGAGUCGCCGGACCGAGCUGUCGAGUUUGAGCCAACAUGAGCGAGCGACAAGGUGCUGGGGCAACCAACGGAAAAGACAAGACAUCUGGAGAAAAUGAUGGGCAGAAGAAAGUUCAAGAAGAGUUUGACAUUGAUAUGGAUGCACCAGAGACAGAACGUGCAGCGGUGGCCAUCCAGUCUCAGUUCAGAAAAUUCCAGAAGAAAAAGGCUGGGUCUCAGUCCUAGUGGAAGAUCUCCAUCCUGAUCCACCUGAAGACACCAAACUCAACCAUCAUCAGUCAAGAAAUUAAAAGAACAAUACCCUAGACAGAAGUCAUUCACACACAACCCACACAUGUGCAGCAAACCUACAAUGCAUGUACAGAAACUUGUGAUAUUUAUACCCUGUAGAAAGGUGUAGACAUUGAAAUUGUGAGUAGCUUAAUCUCUGUUUAUCUCCAUUCUCAUUCCUCCUGCAACUAUUUUCCUUGAUGUUGUAAUAAAAUGGAGUUAAGAUAAGUGA